UAGCGGAUAGAACAGCAAAAAUCGAAUAUGGCUGCCGUGGUGUUGAAAAAAUUUGCAGCGAUCUCGGUUUUCGGUUAUAUUUGUGCUCUCAGCGUAGCAAAACAGCAGUUUUAACACCGUGGAAUAUCGCGACACAGAACAAUCGUUUCGAGUGUUGAUAAAAUAUCGGCGAAAGCCAAUUUGCAGAAGCUGGAAGUUGCAAUUCGAUUGUGAAGGGACGAUUUUUUCAUGGUUCCUCUCGCUCUGCUGCGGAUCAUCAAUCAGUUCAACGUACGUUCGGAAGAAAGGAAAACGAAGGAGGAAUAUUCGCGUGGCCGCAUCCAAAGCUAGGGGCUCAACCAGUUCAUUCGGUCGAUUUCUCGGGCAGUGUCAUCAGGAUUCGCGUUCCAACCGGUGAAGCAAAGAAAAAAGGGAUUGGGAGAUCCCUGUGGAAUCAUCAGCCGUAAAAAAAGCAUUUCAUGCAAGAGGUGAAAACUGAGUAGUGGUGUAGGACUUCCAGAAGGCACAGGAGACGAAACGUCAAAAAAGGCCGUCAAGAGAGUUGGAUUAAGUUCAGUUCCGAGUUAUUUUUUGUGCCCAUCGCUUUCUCGAAAACAGUCAUUGCAUCGCCGUCAAUUGUGUGUAUUGCCAACACGAUAUUUUUUUCUUGUAUCGCAUCGAUCAUCUUUCCUCCCAGCGAUUGGUAAAUUUCGUGCAGAUAUUCUGCGACAAGUCCCGAACGAAAGCUAGAGAAAAAAGCUGGCCUUUUUCUUCUGCCGUGGUGUUGAAAAAGUAAGAAAAUAUGCGCGAUGAACGGAAGAAAAUUCCGCUGAAGAGUGUAUGCGAAGAAGAACAAUAAUUCGAAGCAAGUUAAAAAAAAUAUUACCGCGAGUGAGAGAAACGUGUGCCGACGAGUCCGAGUCCGUGAGAGAAGAGCGAACUUUUUUGACAGUUCGCAAAGUGCGUCGAGUUUGGGUGGCGAGAGUGUGUUUGUGUGAGCGAUAACAACAAACAACAAAAACAAAGUGAAAAGUGUGUGCGAGAGAGGGAACGGAGCUGAGCAGUGUUUCGAUUUUUCCUUGUUUUGUGCAUUGUUCCGGGAGUGAUUUUGUGGUGAAUUCGAGUGAUUUGAGCCUUCGGAAAUCCAGCUAAAUUUUUAGGAUAGCGAUUAUCCAAUUGUGCAGGAAUAACAACCAUUGGGAUUAGAGUGUUUCCAGUGCGUGUCCGGUGCUUUGGAUCUCGUGUUUUCACCCGAAAAGUAAUUAUCUCACAUUCGGUAGUGCCGCGAGUGUGUCGUCCUUCCCGGCGGUGUUUGUCGUGAGUGCGUGCGCGUGCAGCUGUUUCACUUUGGUCCUCGUUUCCAGCAAAUCAGUAAAAAUUCCCAAGAACAAGAGAAAAAGUAUGGCUGAAAACUCAAUCAGCAACAGUUUACCUCCAUCACAGCAUCAAAAGACAGCGGGCGGCGGCGGCGGGGGAGGAGGCAGUGUUUUGCACCAUAACAAAUCACUGGACAUGACGAGUGGUACGACGGCAGGAUCCGUUUCGGGGAAGGGUGCGGGUGGUAAACACGCAAACGUGAUUCACCGAACAACAAGCGAAAGUUUACGGUUAGGGGGUGGAGGCGGCGGUGGUCCUGGAUCUGCUGGCGGUGGAGGAGGAGGAGGAGGCGGAAGUGGUGCAGAGAAUUCAAUUAGCAGUGCGAUUCCACCGUCGUCAUUGAUGAAUUCUUCGGCUUCCAUAAACAGUAUCUCGAGAAAGGGUGGUGUUGGGGGAGGUGCUGCAGCAGCUGCCGCGGCCGCCGCUGCGGCUGCCGCCGGGAAAACGUCCUCAUUCAUGAUCACAUCAGUUACAGUGGGCGCUCGGACCAGCGCCGACAAUGGGGACGAUUCAGCCGAUGAUCUAGACGAGUCUCACACGGACGAUAACAGCCGAAUAACAGAUUUCGAGAACGAAACUCCUUCGUUUUCGGAGGACACAUUCAGCAAAGAGGAUGUAUUUUUCGCUACAAACGCAAUCGGUAGCGUUCCCGUCAUUCCGACUAGCUCUCAGUAUGGGCUUGCAAUCGUGGCACCAUCAGACCGUGCUCACGGUGCCGAAGCUCUCGCAGAUGCGAUGCAUGUCAGUGUCACAGAUGGCGGCAUAAACAUAAUGGGACAUGCCAAGGAGGACGGCAAGGAGUUGCAUCAUAGAAAUGAGCGUUUCAAAGUGGUGAAGAUUGAAAGUACUGAACCAUUCAAACGUGGUCGAUGGGUUUGUAUGGACUAUUUGGACCACACCACGCUUCAAGCGUCUCCAAAAGAGGGUGCUGUCGGACCUGUGGGAACGGAGAAUGAGACAACAGUGACGUCGACUAUCGCGGAAUCGAACGUCAUUCGCACCCAGGAUAGUGGCGUAGUGCUGAAUGACAACUAUACGGCCGCAACAGCCCCUAACACAACCACUUCGGAUGGUGAUAAUUCUGACUAUCAUACUCAUUUAGCUGCCAGUGUUCCGACUAAUCCUAUAAUAGGUCUGCUUAACAAUGAAUCUCCUGGUCAAAGUUUAAACCUGGCUCAACCGGUAAUCGGAAGAGUCGGUGGUGGAACAGUAUCACAAUCUCAGCAAACUAGUCAUGCUCAAACUUCAGCAGUGGCUCACAGUCUACCACAAUCACAACUGCAAAAUGCACUCGCAGCUGCGGUAGGCGGUCAGCCGCCAUCGGCUGCCGCUGGCCAGGCACAAGGACAAUCUCAGUACUAUCCUCACACCAUGUCCAAUAUAGCGGAAAUUGCACCACAACAGUUGCAACAACACCAUCAACAUGGUGUCACUCUGCCAACCAAUAUUCAGGUUCAGUCGCAGCAAACUAACAGCUCCGCUUCCGUUCCAUCUAACAUUCUUCCACCGGUUGGAUCAGCCGUGGGUACAUCACAAGAAAUGAACAUCGUCAUCAACAAUUCCCAGCACCAGCAACCACAGCAAACUAGCUUCCCUUCUCCUCAACAAUUCCAACAGCAGCCUUCUCAAACAAACUCUCCCGUAGUGGCUAGUAUUGGUGAGCCGAUUGCUUCGGAUGUGACGAUUCUUUCGCCCAACUCUUCCAUGAUUGCCGCUGGUACUGUUCCAUCAGUCGCUACAUCGACAGCAGUUGCGAGCGCUCCUACUCAGCAACAGCAGCAGCAACCAGAUACAGCCGGUUCUGUACCGAUCGGGCCUAGUGAACCCUUGGCAACUACUUCCUCUUCGACCACUUCCUCCCCAGUAACGGCCACUGCUGUUAUCAACACCGAUAACAAUACAUCAGUAUCCUCGUCGAUGGCCAACGCAGGCCCGAUGCCGGCCACCGUACCCACUGCGGUCAGUUCUCCUUCCAUAUCGACCACUUCGGUCACAGCAUCUGCCACAAACAGUAACAGCGCUAUCAGCAGCCAACACGCUUCGAUUGCUGCAGCAGCAGCCGCCGCAGCUGCCACUGCUGCCAGUGAUCAUUUGACGGAAUCGAACUUGUUGUCGGCCGUGGCCGGAGUUACCGCUGCGGCCGUUGCGGCAGCCGGCGCCGACGACGGCGAAAAAACAGGAGAAGACGGCGAGAGCUUCGGCCGGGUUCAAAUGGCGGCGAGCGACUCGUUUGGAGCGGACGUUUCAUCGGCUGAAAACAGCAACGAACAUCACCCAGGUGCUCGGGUUCAUCUGCCAGCAGCAUCCACACAGAGUCUUCAGCAGGAUCUACAACUGAACAUACCCCUAGAUCGAACUAGAGUUCCUAGCAGUAGUGCUAGUAGUAUUAGUUUGAAGGAAAACAUUUACACAGACAUCGCUCUCGGCAAAUCGAUCCAAAAUUUAAUGCGACCUUCGACAAUUGGUGGAAGCAAUCGAUUGGCCAUGAAUUCAGUCUCGGCCGGCGGAGAGCAGCAUCAUGGUGAAAUGCUCUGCAAGGCGGCUUGCAAUUUUUUGACCAGCAACAACCACAGUGUGGCUACCUGCACCGUUCAGUAUCCUCACAGAUGUGUUCAAAAUUUAAUCAAAGAAGAACUCGGAUCGGUUAGCUCCCCUUCCUCUCGUGGCCCUGGAACCGGACCGCUAAGCAAUGCCGAUAGCUUGGUCAACAUACAUAUCGAAUCCGAACUGCAGCAACACGCGACCAUGGCGGCUACCGGCGGCGGAGGAUGUCAGUCGCACCCAAGCUCCGGUCGUUCCAGUCCGGCCCAACAGAUGUUCCACCAUGGUUCGCCUCCUAAGCAUUUGAGUGCCAUCGGCCACUCCAUGAGCAUACCGGGCAGCACACGGGCCAGUCGGGCUCCAUCGCCUUCGUUCCUGCACGCGGCCGCUGGCGAGCACUCAAGUGCAUCUGGGACGAGUGCAGUUGCAAUUGACAACAAGAUCGAGCAAGCUAUGGAUCUUGUGAAAUCCCACUUGAUGUUCGCCGUCCGCGAGGAGGUUGAAGUGCUGAAAGAGAAAAUCUCCGAACUGAUGGAUCGCAUCAACCAGCUCGAGUACGAGAACAACAUCCUGAAGGCGAACGCAUCCCAGGAAACGCUCUCCCAGCUCACGCCAAGCGCCGGUGGCGGCGGCGGCGGUGGUAACAACACUUCGGCCACGGCGGUAGCGGCGGCUGCUUCCGCGCCAACCCUCGCGGCAAAGGUUCCUCCCCCCUCAGCAAAUCCGAACUCGAACGGUUCCGUUUCCUAGAUAUUCCAGACGCUCUACUACCCGCUACUAGCUGCUUACUAUGAUAGUACUAGGAAAGGUUAUAACUAUUUCUAGCUGCGGGACAACAGGCUGCUGCUGCGGGUCACUAGGGGUGAUGCUGGAGAUGGUCUGAAUCGGUCCGCGAGACCCUUUCACAGUCCUUAACGAUCAGCGAUGAUGACGACGGCAUCACGCCGCGCCCCCUCCCCGUUGUCCCAUACACAACGUGAUGACGCACUCCGAUAAACAAAAAAAAAACAAUGCGCAUGCAAGAGAACACUGAACAAACUAGCAAACCAAUAAGUGGAAAUUAACAGUAUAGCAACAAGAAAACAAAAACACAUACACACAAGGCAAAUAAGAACUAUUUCCUAGAAUUUACUAGUUUGAGGUAAGAAGCUUCUUUCAUUCUCAACAAAAUUCCUAAUAAACUAGAAAUUUUAUAGUGACAGAUGAGAAAUUGAUACAGUGUUAGAUACGCCAAAAAAGAUAACCACAGCAUAAUUGCACGUUACAGUUUAAUUGCUAACAUUUUUCCAAAUUAGGGAAAAACAGGGAACACGUGAAAAGUGCACCUGAACUAGGCAGAGAGAGAGAGGGAGAAUACCAGAGAAGAAGCGCAGGGUUGAAUCAGGGGCAGAGAGGAAACAAUUUGAUCGAAUGUAGCACAAAAAUCCAUCAAAGAAAAUAUACGAUAUCUCGAAUUGUAUUCAAAAGCUCCGACAACCGAGAUCGAGCAUCCGGAUCAUUGUUUCCUCCCUCUGAAGCUAGAUAGAGAUAAAGUGUAGGUGCCAAACAUCACUAAAGUAUUUAUCAUGCAAUAUCCAACCGAAUCAAUGGCUUAUCUCAUCUUCCGAACCUAAAUUCGAUUCAACCUCUACCGGAAAAAAACUAAAGUGAAGUGAACAAACAUUUUCGUAGUACCAUAGUGUCAAGCGCGGCCGGUUCGGAAGUUAGGAGGAAACACCUGUUAUGAUUUGAGAAACCAAAUUUUUAGCUACACCACACCGCCCCUCAGAUCAGUUGACAUACAUUAUUCAUUAUCCGCAAUAAAGAAAAUGCUCACAGAUCGAACGUAACGUUGUUCUCAUCAUCUUUUGGUCCACGACGCACUCACAGGACUCAGCAAGGGAUGGAAAGGUGGUUCAACUUCUGAUUUGACCUCGGCAAAAGGCAACACAAAAUCAAUUUUUCCUUCUUAAAUAUAAAAUGUUUAGUUAGAGGAAGAUUAAAACCCGAAAUGUGAUUCUAUUGUACAUAUUAAUAUCUAAGCAGAGAAGGGUGUAAUUGGAAUACUGACGGAAUGAAUUAUAGGCGAAGGAACAGAAGUCAGGCUUAAAGUGCGUUGCAUAGAUAACCUAUUUCUUUCACACGCUAUUUAGACCAACUUUGUUUUUUUUUAUUCCCGGCGCAUGCAGUAUGAUAGUAAAACUGCGGAAAAUACGUGAUAAGCAUGAUUAUUAAUGAAUGAUCGCGAACAGAAUCGAGAUGUACAUAUUUAGUAGUAGAAUGAGAGGGACACUUUGAGAUGACUGCGGAUCGAGUGACCGAGUAUGCGAAACUCAUGAGAGUAACUAACUAACUAACUAACUAGAGAUGCCAACGACGCGAAUAUGUAUAGAAAGGAAAGAAGACGAGAGGGAGGCAACAACGAUUUUUCCACGCUCGAGGCUGCGGUCUAGUUCAUGAUUUUUUAACUCGAUGAAGCUUGAACUAGGCAUUGAUUUCGAUUAGCCUUGAUAGUGGGGACGGGUAGCCUCAACAAGGAUAUCAGGGAAUGACAGUUGUUUGAGUUUGAACUUGAGAAUAGGGCGAUGAGUCAGGCAUGUUUAAUGUCAAAGAAGUCCAGGUUGCGAGGUUGCGAUUUUUUUAUACCGGAAAAGCAUACUGUCGUUGAGAAUAGGACAUAAGAGAAGGAACUGUUGAUAGGCUGUAAGGAAAACCUUGUUUAUUUUUUAUAGGAUCUUUGUUCAUUUUCCUAGUUGAAAUGCAAUUAUUUAGUCACUCUAUUUAUUAUUUUGUAUAUUGGUUGACCAAAAAGAAAACAUUGCAUGAGAAAGAAAAACAUGCAAUUGUAGGACCGUUUCUCGGUAAAUCAAAAAGAGAAAGAAAAUGUGAAAAUCGACGAUUCAAAAACAUUGUGUAGAAUAUAAAAAAUGAAUCGAUGAUACGAUAAUGAUAAAAUGAAUUGAUCGAAAACUACUGUUUAAGUGAGAGAUGAGGAGCAGAAAAAUGUUAAUAAUAUAGUCACUAUGAAAUAUGAACGCGAAAGGAA